UGAGACUCGCACAACUCGGCGUCACCGGCGAGAUCUGAAGGGAAUAUCACUUUCUUUUCCUGUCAGUUUUAAAUUAAAUUCACCUUAAUAUAAUUGUAAAAGUUUGCGAUUUAUGUCCUCAUGACUGUACGCUGCAUAGAAUAUGAAAAGGGGGAGAAAGAGACCUCAGGGUAACGAAUCCCGAGCGACUGUGAGGAGAAAUGAAGAACAAUUGUCCUGGAAGAAACAGAAGCUUGUGGAUAUCCAUCAGGCCCUGAACAGUGACCCCGUGGACAUCGAGACCCUGCGGCAGGCGGCUGGGAGUGAGGGUGGUUUGCUGACGGAUGACAUCAGAAGAAAAGUUUGGCCCAAACUCCUCAGCGUCAAUGUCUACAAUCUGCCUGCUAAACCCUCUAUAGAUGCCCGCGAGGGCCACAAAGACCACAGACAGGUGGUGCUUGAUGUCAGGAGAUCAAUGCGCCGCUUCCCAAAGGGCAUGCGUGUGGAUGAGAGGGGGGUUCUCCAGGAACAGCUGAUUGACAUCAUUCUGGAUGUUUUGAGGAGGAACCCUCAGCUGCACUAUUAUCAGGGAUAUCAUGACAUCACCGUGACCUUGCUGCUGGUGGUGGGAGAAAGAUUGACCAUCGCGCUCAUGGAGAAACUGUCCAAUCACCAUCUCAGAGACUUCAUGGACCCCACUAUGGACAGCACAAAGCACAUCUUGAACUACCUGAUGCCCAUUCUGGAGCGUGUGGACCCUGAACUGCAUGACUUCAUGAUCAGGGCCGAGGUGGGCACUAUCUUCGCCCUGAGCUGGCUGAUCACAUGGUACGGCUACGUUCUGUCCGACUUCAGACACGUUCUGCGACUCUAUGAUUUCUUCCUGGCCUCUCAUCCGCUCAUGGCCGUUUACUUUGCCGCUGUGAUUGUGUUGUACAGAAAAGAGGAGGUGAAGAGCAGCGAGUGUGAUAUGCCCAGCGUUCAUCACCUGUUGUCAAAGAUGCCUCAGGAUCUGCCGUACGAGGUUCUGAUUGGUCGAGCUCAGAGUCUGUUCGAGAGCUGCCCGCCUUCUCUGCUCGCCCAGUCUGCAGCUCUACAGUCACACAGCAUAAUCGCCAUCAGCAGCUUUAAGGACUUCCAGAGGUCGACGCUGACGCAGCGUCCAGACACCGUCCUGCGGAAGCAGCUCCAGAAACGCCACGAAGACCAGCUAGCCCUUCCCAUGAACACCACUAAUAACCAGUUUUUAAAGAUGGCGGUGUGGGGUCUGUCGGCCACGCUGGGGGCGGCGGCGCUGGCUGUGGCCCAGACGGCCAUGAACUGGGCUCCUGAGUUCCUCUCACAGCUCUUCUGAGACCGUGUCUUCAUCGUUCUCUUGUGCCAAAACCAAAUGCAAAUGUGCGUAAAACCCCAAAGCUUAUUUACGUCCAUCAUGUUGUUGUUUUCUUAUUGAUCGUGGAGCUAAUAUUGGAGAGGUGGGAGGAGUCAGGUGAGGUUUUUUUUGUAAUCGUAAGCAUUUCUGGAUGACAUUUGGUCAGCGGAGUGAAAGCGCUCGACUCGGCCGUUCGACACAAAUUAUUAAACGCUUUUUUCUGCUGAACGGCGUCAGUAGUGAGUGAAGGAAAAGCUCAUUACCGGCAUUGAAGACUUCAUGAGGACCACAGAGUGUACACAACUCAACACACACACACUACAUACUACACAUUACAGUAUAUAGGCUACAGCUGCCAUAUGCAGUGUGACAUUUAACACACUUUUAAAAAUGAACAGAUUAUAAUUGGAUUAGAAAUGAUAACAAUCCUUGUUUUUUCCUCUCAUCUCAGGGUUAUAUGGACAUACGUGUCACGCUGAACUUUGACCCGUAAACUUGUAAACGAAGAAUGAAUUGAUUCUAUUCUUACUGCUUUCAUACGUCAUGAUAAAAGGACUUGAGUAAUCUAUUUAUUUUAUAAAUGCGUAGAGCCACACAUUCAACACUCAAUCAUCAAAAUGUACAUUUGUAGAUCUGCACAAAAUGUCUUCCAUCUUGUUUUGACCCUGAUGCUCUGCAGAAACGAACAGAGAGGCUUCAAUUAGCCUUUGUAAUGUGUAGCUUUGUGUUAUGGUGCAGCUCAACGCUUCACUUCAUUGUUUAUUAGUGAACUGUGUGAUGUUGACCUCAGUCGUGUGCAAGCAUCUUUGGAUGCCGCGUGUUCUGUCGAUUUGUGCUACCUCUAUACAAAAUAUAGGACUAACCCCUUCCCAAACCAUAAGGGGUGGUUUCCCGGGCAGGAAUUAGACUAGUCCUAGACUAAAAUGAAUGUAAGAGCUGUCCAAACUGAAAACAACUUGCACUGACAUAUAAUAGAAUACAUCAGAGCAUUUGUGCUGUUUUAAAAUGCAAACAAGUAAUGUUGUUUGUAAGGUAUGUUUGUUAAAGCUACUUAAAUUGUCUCAUUAAACUAAAGCCUAGUCCUGUUUUAAGAUAAUCCCUGUCCAGGAAACCGCCCCUAAAUCUAACACCUCAGCAGUAUAACGCGGGGUAGGAAAAUCUGCUGGGUAGCAUAAAUUGUCAGGAUGCCUAAAUCCCAUUCACACAGACCGCUGAUCCCAGAAAAUUGCAAAAAAAUUGCCAGUGUGAAUGCAAACGCAUCCCGGAUUGAUCCGAAGAGUGAUUCCGGAAAGAGGACCUACAUUAACGGGUCAGUCCCGGAAAGUGCCUUGUGUGAACAAAAGGCAGAAACAAGCCUUGUAGUGAUGACACACAUCUAUAAUAAAUCUUAAUUAAUUUGGCUAUGAAAACAAAUAUAGUUAAACAAGUAAUUUUUGUUCGUUAGUCAAUCAAAAACUAAAAAAUUGGCCUACUAUAAUAUAUAUAUAUAAAAAAAUAUAUGUAUAUAUAUAGAACAGUGCUCGAAUUGAAGGGGGGCUGGGGGGAUCCGGGACCCCCAUAAGUAAAAAAAUAGACUUAGGGGGUCCCUCAGAUAUUUUUAUUUGAGUAAAAAUGAUAAUAACAAAUGUGAUUAAAUUCAUGCAAUGAUAUGGUCAAUUUCGUGAAUUAAUUAUUUACAAUAAUUUAUAUUAAGUUUGUUUAUAGGCUAGUUGUCAUGUCUCUUUAAAGACUGCUAAGCGCAGGACAUCGUCGACAUGACUGAUUGAUCGGUGUCGCUCCGGUGAAGCUAACUUCAGCUAAAAAAUGGAGAAUAAUAAACUCAAGUCAACUUUAUUUAUAUAGCGCUUUUUACAAUUUUCAUUGUUACAAAGUAGCUGUACAUGAGACAUUUUGACUAUAAGCAAAACAAUCAAAGUUAUACCUGUAAAAACAAGAAAAAGGUGAAAACAGAAGACACACACACCCACAAUAUGCACACGUGCUAACACAUAGACAUAGACGCACGCACAGUGAAAGCACACAUUCAAGAUAACAGAAGCACAUGUCAAAUAUUAAACAGACUAUAAAUCCCUAUAUGCAAUAUUAAGUAAAACUUUUAAAUUAUACACCUGCACUCGCAGUCGGGAAGAGGAAGCUUCUACUUUUUUGAGGGGUAAUUUUCUCUCUCUCUAUAUCUUUCCACUAUAUUUAUCAACUCCAUGUCGGGGCUUUUGUAUCCUUGCGUAAAUUAUUAUUAGGCCUGGUUUUGGGGUGCUAGAGGUCUCGAUGAAGAUGAGUGACAGCUUUUUAGUCAUUAUAAAGGGACUUAUUGUUGUGCUUAUUCUGUGCUAUAAUCCAUUCAGAAUUGUAUAAAACUUGUUUUUCAUGCUGACAAGACCAACGGCCACAUACACGCUGCAAAGUUUCGGGAAUUACAUCGGCAUAUAAAUGCUGGAUUCACUCUUGAAAUAGCUUUGAUUGACAUGUUGAUAGCCAUAGUUAGUUCCUGAAUAAAGCAGACUUUUGGACUGAAAUGGUUGACUAGUCUGACAGACUCACUCAUAACAGUCCCUUGCCGCCACCUACUAGACGUAACUAUGUAAACUGCACUGAAAUCGUUGAAAAAUCCCCACAACACUAACACACAGACUGACAGCCGGUCUUGUCACAAUUUAUAUUUUUAAUAUCUAAUGAACUAGUUUCUUGCAUUUCAACAAGUCUUUUGGAACAAACAUUAUUAUCACAAAGUGUCAAUCAUCCUGUUGUUUUUAGGGAAAAUAGUAAAUACUACAUUGGUAAAUAAUGCUAGAAUUAUUCUGUUGGACGUACACUGCUGUUCACCAAGCCUGCAUUGAUUUGAUCCAAAAUACAGUAAAAGAAGCCUGUUCUUUUAUGUAAUCCUGUUUUUGAUAAAUAGUAGUUAUGCAUAUUAUGAUCAAAUAUAUUGUGUAUUUUGUAUAAAUUGUAUAUUGCGAGACUAACCCCCACCCCCACCAAAGAAAGUCUUAUGGGGGGACCCCCCAUAAGCCUCGAUUCAAUUCGAGCACUGAACUUUGCAGUAUAUUAUAUCACGUGUCUUUACGGAAUCUUCAGGGGAUGUGUGCGCAGAUUCCAGAAAAUCACUGGCAGUAAUGAACAAAAUCUGAUGGUCCUGGGACAAAUUCCUGGACACAUUUUCCGUGUAUUUUCCAGGAUCUCUGUGUGAAAAGGGCUCUAAUGCGAUGGCAACCAACACAAGGCUUUGAGGAACGCAAGUAGGCCUAGUGAAAUAGAAACUGUUGCGUCCAAUUAAAUGUCUCAAGCCACUUCACAACAGCUGUCGAGGUCUGCACAUCAUUGAAAAGCAGUUGAUUUCUGUUCAGAUCGACUGCGGAACUCUUGACCACGUCUAGGAACUCGUGUGAAGAGUACAGCAGCGCGUGUUUCACAGUCUGUCGACCUGAGAGAGCUGACGCGAGAGCCGCAUUUAACCCGCUUCCACAGCUGGCUGCCUCUAUAUCUGCGCCUCGGGUGUUGAUGAGCGGCUGUUAGCAGACGCUGCCCUGAGCGCCCGAAAUCACCCCCGCCAAACAAAAAAAAAACACAAGCAAGGAAUAAUGUGUUUAUGUGAAGGAGCAAUCUUCACCCAGCCAACUUUAAUGCCUUUUUAAUGCGAUUCAGCCAGACUUUCGACGCUUUCCAAUGCCUCGCGAACUCUCGUUAUUUUGGAAGCGAGGUAUUUCUGAGUGGAAAUUGGCCAGAGCGUCUUUGUUAAUGGGAAUUUAAUUUGAGCCGUUGCGCCAUUCGUCACCAGAAGAACGAACGUAACCAAAUGUAUUUGAAUGAGAUGGACGCUUUCCUGCCGGUCACGAAAAACUCAAAUGCAAAUGACGUCAGGUUUCAUUGAUUUGUUGGUCUAAUGAAUAUUCGAGGAAACGUAAAUUAAAUAAAAGCAAAAUCCACUGCUGACGGUCGUUAAACAAUAAUGGGGUGAAAUGUAUUACCUGAGGUUCACAAGUGACCUAAAAUACAUUUUAACAUGAGUUCCUCUUCAUCACCUCAGGCCAUUAAAAUGAUCGAUGAUGGAAACGCAUUAACUCUCUUCCGAACAUCAUCAUCAGACACGGUCAGAAUGCCAAGGGUGAUUCGAAAGCAAAGUGGCAUUAUGAUGUCUUGUAAGAUGUGUGGCUUUUGACUAAAUCUAAUGUAUUCAUGAGCUCGUGCUUGACUGUAAAAGUUUAUUAUUCUCUCUCAUGUGGUUGUAAACCUGUAUGUGACAUUUUCUUCUGGAACAAAACAGAAGAUAUUUUGAGAAAUUUCUGGUUUUGUGUUCAUACAAUGGAAGUCAAUGGGGUUUCUUAUUUGAUUAUCAACAUUCUUCAAAAUAUCUUCUUUUGUGAAGAAGAAAGAAAUACAGGUUUGACCUGACAUAAGGAUGAAUAAAUGUUUAAAAAAUGCUCAGUUUUUGGUGAGCUGUCUCGUUAAUGCUGGAAAGUAGUUCAUCUACUGUAUGUAUUAUUUUAUUCAUUGUUUGUGUGAUGUAUGUAUUUUUAUACUAGAGUAUUAUAUCCUCCACAGCUUGCUGCACUGUAAAAAAUGACACGGAUAUUUACUUAAAAAAAUGAUGGUAACAAUAUUACACAAAAUAUUUGUAAGUACUUUAAAGCGUAUUUUUAACGCAAUAUUCAAUGAAUAAAUCAAGUAAAAUCAAGACUUUUAUUUUAUUGUAAAGCACAUAAACCCUUUUUCACAAAAAAUGACUCUCUUAAUGCUAUUGCAUGCAAAGCAUGCUGGGAACUCUAAUUUCACAGUUAGUGAAAUUAACUAAAAUAAUUAAUGUAGUCCCACCACAAAAUAAUUAUGUAAAGAUCCUUUAUACAAGUUUAAGCGGGUUGAACAUGAAAACAGUUGAAGUCACUCAAUAAUUUGUGCAUUUAGAAUUCCGAGAUUUUUUCUAUAAUUUUAAUUUAAAUUUUUGGUUUAAAAGCAAGAACACAAUUGUAUUAAGUAAAGUUUACUCAAUUCAUUUCAUGAAAUCUACUACGACACAGAAUCAUUUUUUACAGUCAACGUCCACUAUGUCUCCAGUAUGAGAAGGUUGUAAGGCUUCAUGGUGGUUAGGAUGUUGUCUGAGAAGGCAGCGAGUCAGUUUGGCAAGUGUUUUUUUCAGAGUAGAUUUGCGGUGUUGUGUGUAUGCGGAGCAGAAGGCUGUUGGCUUGAUUGAACACCGCUGGCAGAUGAUCCGGCGCUCCUCUGCUGUGAGGAACACACUUGACAGAAAAGUGAUUUCACUCUCCGGCCAGCUUUAAACAAGGUCUCGCUUUCAGAACAGACUUUUAUUAAACCUAUUUG